CUUGACCUCGCUGUCAUCGAUUUAUCUGCACUCCCUGUCUGUGCCGAACACGGUCAACUGACCAGCUUGUCAAGAAGUGGUUAACUUUGAUUAUUCCACCAUGUUGUCACGUCAGGAUUUCCAUAUGACCGAUCUACUAUACAUCUACCUACCGACACUAUUCUUGGCAUAUUGUGUAUAUAAAAUAUAUAGAAUUGUGUUAUGGCCGCUCAUAUCACCAUUGUCAAAGAUUCCUUCAAUGCCGUAUAACCCAAUAUUUGGGAAUACUAAAGAGAUAUCGAAAGCUGAAACUACGGAAUACUCUCUCCGAGUCAGCAAGAAGCUUGGUCCCGUGGCGAGGUAUUUCUUCUUUUUUGGUUUCGAAAUUGUGUCUGUUACUGGACCAGAAGAAAUCAAACAUGUUUUGGUAACACGUGGAAAAAAUUACGACAGACAGUUGAGAAGUCGAAAACUGCUGGAAUGUAUUGCUGGGUACAGUAUACUGGCGUCAUCUGGUCCUGACCAUGCCGCACAACGGAAACUGUUGAACCCUUCAUUUAGUUAUCGCAGCAUUAGAGCGAUGGUAGUGUCUUUCCAGAAAUAUGGCCAAGAAUUGAAUCGCUUUUGGAAAAGCAACCUUGAGAAAAAUGGUGCUACAAAGCAUGGACUGGUAGCCCAGCCAAUACAGAAGGAUCUCGGUAGAACGAUGUUGGAUGUGAUUGGUGAAUGUGCAUUUGGAUAUGAAUUUAAUUCAAUAUGGGAACCAGAAAAGAAAUUAACACAGGCAUUUGCGGAUGUCUUACAAUUAGGAUUCCCAGCAUCCAGUUGGAAGAUUUUAAUUCCUUUCUAUCAAAGUUUACCACUAGAAGAAAAUAGAAGAUUUAAAGCAGGGAAGAAAAUAGUGAGGCAGGCUGUACAGACUGUGAUAGAACACAGAAAAAAUGAAAUGAAGGAAGGCAAAGAGCCAUAUAAAGACUUACUGUCUGUGUUAAUGAUGGCAAAAGAUGAAGAAACAGGACAAGGAUUAUCUGAUACCGAACUCACUGAUCACGUCAUGACGUUCAUGUUUGCAGGGCAAGAGACAACUAGUACUGGUUUGAUAUGGACGCUCUACCUUUUAUCUCAACACCCUGAAAUACAAGACAAAGUACGCAAAGAAAUUCUUGAAGUUUUACCAAAUAACGAGGACAUCACAUGGGAACAUUUAGAUAAAUUGCAAUAUUUAAAAGCAGUCAUUAGUGAAUCAUUACGUUUAUUUCCACCAGUAGCGGCCGUACCUGAAGUAGCUUUACAAGAUGAUAAAAUAGGUGACUACUUCAUACCUAAGGGUACGUACGUUCUAAUCAACACUGGUGCUAUGCACAGAAAUCCAAAUGUAUGGCCAGAUCCAGAAACUUUUAAUCCUGAUAGAUUUACUGAUCCAAAUAAUCCACCUAAACCUUACACAUAUUUACCAUUCAGUAUUGGCAGAAGGAACUGCAUAGGUAGUAGAUUUGCAUUGAUUGGGAUGAGAGUAAUAUUAUCUACUCUUCUCAGAGAUCUCCAAUUCUCAUUGGUUCCUGGCACUUCAUAUAAACGCACACAGCGAAUUACAAUGCGACCAAAACCACCUAUGCAACUACAAAUUUGCAAAGUGUAA